GAUGGAGAACGGUGAGGAAGAGAAUAGUGAAGGUAUCCCGUCCGGUGAUCCGAAUGUGGCGGACGCGAACGCCGAGAAGGCCGAGCUGGAAGCGUUCGUAACCAACUUGCAGGAACGCUACCGGCAGAAGGCACAAGAACGUCAACAGAACCAAUCGCCCGAACGUCCGGCGGAAGAGGAUUUCUUUCGCUAUGAUUCGAGCCUCAAGAAGAACACGGCGUUUGUGAAGCGGCUGAAACAGUUCACCACCCAGCAGCUGCCGUCCCUGAUGCAGGACGUGUCCGGAUUAAACUUGACCAAAUACAUCUCCGAGGUAAGUGCGGCUCUGGUCGAGGCAAAACUGAAGAUGAGCGAUAUCGGCGCAGUGCUGACGCUUUGCAACCAUCUGCACCGGAACUAUGCCGACUUUGCGCAGACGUUGCUCGAAAACUGGCAGAAACUGCUGUUGAUAAAGCCGGGUGAGAAGGUGGCGAAUCCGAGCAAGAUGCGUGUCGAUUUGCGCUUCUACGCGGAACUGAUCAGUGUGGGAAUUUUCCCGAACAAAACGGGACUGCCGCUGCUCGGUGCGUGCCUUACUGGAUUGAUUACGCAGGACAAGGAGGAGCACGUUAAUCUGUCAAUUGUGCUGUCGUUCUGCAAACACUGUGGCGAUGAGUACGCCGGACUGGUUCCGACCCGCAUAGCCGAGCUGGCCAAGAAGUAUGACGUUACGGUGCCGGUAUCACCACUGCUUCCUGCCGACCGGCAAAGCAAUUUGCGAAAUCUUCUACGCGAUUACUACCAAUCGCUGGCGGAGCAUUUGCGGUCGGAGCAUCGGCAGCUGCAGCUGGCAGAAAAAUCUCGACGCAAAAUGCUCCAAUCGAAGGGUGAAGUAACGGCCGAGAAGCGGGAACAGCUGGCCCAACUACAAGCGUCGUACGAAAAGCUGCACGCAUCUACGAGCGCGCUGGCCGAUUUGCUCAAUGAAUGCGUGCCGCAGCUGGAGGAACUGCCAGAAACGAGCGCUGCGACCGAAGGUUCCAUACUGGAUAUACGUGCCGGUGAGGAAUUACAGCUCGGGACGCUUGAUCCGUGGCGCGAUGAGGAAACGAAAUCAUUCUACGUCGAUCUGCCCGAUUUGCGCCAGUUUUUGCCGAACUACUGUGACAAGAAGCAACCGGGCGGGGACGGGAGCAGUACGCAGAAUGCGCAACAAAUGCAAGAGCUGCCCCAACAGGACGAUGACGAUGAUAAUGAGGAUACGGUGGAACUCCUACCGGAUAUGUUGGCCGGUCCGCCCAUCACGGAGGAAACGCUUGAUAUGGAGCUACCGGAGCUGGAUGCGGAUUUGAGCUUUUCCGAGUCUAUAUCGUCUCUGCAGGAUGAGGAAGAACCGGCGGGUCCGGACGGGGAAGCAUUCAAGGAUGGAACGGGCGGAAGUUCUUUCGCCGGUGUUGGCAAUGGUGGCACACCGAGCAAUCAAGGCAAUCGGCGCUAUUUCGAGCAGUUUGUACAGAAUCUACAAAACUGCGUUAACCGUGAGCUGAUCGAUAAUGCGGCGAUCGAUUUUCUGCUCAACUUGAACACCAAAAGCAAGCGCAAACGGUUGGUGAAGGUACUGUUCGGGGUGCAACGCACGCGGCUCGAUCUGUUACCGAUGUACGCACGUUUCGUCGCCAUCAUCGAUCUCGUAUCGCCGGACGUUGCGCACGAGCUCUGCCAGAUGCUGAAGAUCGAUUUUAAGUACCAUCUGAAAAAGAAGGAUCAAAUUAACAUCGAAACGAAAAUAAAGGUUGUGCGGUAUAUUGGGGAGCUGGUCAAAUUCGGGAUCUACAAGAAGCUAGAAGCGUUGUACUGUUUGCGCUGCUUGCUGCACAGCUUUCAGCAUCACAACGUAGAGAUGACGUGCGCUUUUCUGGAGGUUUGCGGCGUCUAUCUCUACAACUGUCCAGACAGUCGGAUGCGGACGAACGCUUUUCUCGAGCAGAUGAUGCGACUAAAGAUGAACAUUACGAUGCUGGACCGAUAUGUGCAGCAGGUAGAGAACGUGUACUAUCUGGUAAAGCGACCGGAAGGGUUGAAAGUGACGCGCAAGGAGCGUCCACUCAUCCACACGUACAUCCGGCAGCUUAUCUUUAAAGAGCUCGAUAAAGGGAACGUUGACAAGAUGAUACAGCUGUUGCGUCGGUUAAACUGGGACGACAAGGGCACGUUCAACUACGCGGUGCGAUGUUUGUCACGUGCCUAUAACACCCGGUACCAUCUGAUUCGUAGCCUUGCUGAUCUGUUGGCCGGAUUGAAUUCGUACCAGGAGCGAGCGGUAGUCCGCGUGAUUGAUACGGUGCUGGAGGACAUACGGGCAGGUUUGGAGAUACACGACAACAAGCUGGCACAGCGUCGCGUAGCGAUGGUGAAAUAUUUGGGCGAACUCUACAACUAUCAGCUGGUCGAUUCGGACAACAUCCUUAACACGCUGUACUCGAUCAUCUCGUUCGGUGUGACACUGUCGCACGAUGGGCCACCAUCGAUCGGUGAUCCGCCCGAGUCACUGUUCCGGUUGAAGUUGGCCUGUGUGCUGCUGGAUACAUGCGGGCAAUACUUCACAGCCGGCGAGAAUCGUCGUCGGUUGGACUAUUUUCUCGUCUUUUUACAACAGUACUACUGGUACAAGAAAUCGCAUCCGUACUUUGCUACCAGCAGUAGCGGCGGUAUUGGAGCUGGUGCGAACUUGGAGAAAAAACCGACACCAAACGCGGGAUCAAACGUAAAGGAUCUAUUCCCAAUUCUGAUCGAUCACAUGUACCGGGAAUGUUUGAAGUUUUUGCGCCCGAAGCUAAAACUGUACACCAGCUUUGAGCAGGCAAAGGAAGCGGUCCAAUCAUUGCGACAGAAGAUUUUCCCCGCCGGUGAGCUGGAACGGAUGAACCAGGAGGCGGAAAAAGCAAAUGAGCAGCAGCCGAACAGUUUGCGCACGGUGAGUGAUGCACCAGAGUCCUCGGAUCAUGAGGAUUCGCUGCAAUCGGACGACUGUACGUCGGAUGCGGGCGAUGACAUGUCGGAAGGGUACGGUACGAAGCGUCCGAACGGUAAGCGGCAGUCGGUUGACGAUGAGGACGAUGGUACACCUUCACCACCAGUCGAUGAUGGUGCCGAUCAGGAGCUUGAAGGGUACGACGAGGAGGACGACGAGGAGGAGGAAGAAGAUAACGAAGAGGAGGGCGAGUAUUACGAUGACGAUCGGGAUGGUGUGCUGGAGGUGGAGGGAUUGCAAGCACCGCACCAGAAGCAACCGGAGGACCUAGAAUUCGAGCGUGAGUUUGAGCGGAUGUCGUCCGAGUACUGUCAGCAGCGGGCGAAAGAUUCAGCGAAACUGAAUCCCAAACAUGUUCCCAUUCCGAUCACGUUUCGCAACGAGACGAAGAAAACGUACGACCAGCUACAGGAACCAACAAACGUUAAACCCGACACCGUACCGUUCGCGCUGAUGAUACGCGGCAAGGGUAAGCAGCAGCUGUACAAAACGUUCGAAGCACCGGAGGACAGUUCGCUGGCCCAGUACAUCCGAGAGCAGGAACGCAAGCUACAGGAGGAGAAGGACAGUGUUAAGCGGCUAACGCUAAACAUCUCCGAACGACUCGAAGAAGAAGAUUAUCAGGAGUCGCUGAAUCAAACGUCCCGGACGGUGGAUCCGUUGCGGAUGCGACCACUAAAGCUGGCCAAAUUUAAACAUCCCAAGGGUGUACCCGACAUCGAUGCCAUCUUUCAUUGAAUG